AUGGGGUGUCUUGACAUUUUCAUGUUCAUUAACUUGUUUUUGACUUGCUUUCAUAUUCCUGGAAUCGCAGCAUCUCAAUGUCAGCUUGCAAAAAACUGUCAGGAAUGUAUGGGUCGUGGGCCCUUAUGUUCUUGGUGCUUUGAUGAGAAUUACGACGAUACAGCCGAAGGUCCUGGUUAUCGCUGCGCCGAACGUGACGUUCUGCUUGAACGUACCUGCCCCGCUGAUAAAAUUGAAAGUCGUAAUUCAACAGUUGUUGAUGCUGGUAUUUCUGGGAGCGAUGCCCAACUAACGCCUCCGCGCCAGAAAGUGUCAGUUCGUCCUCACGAUAGUCUGAAAACCGAUUUUACUUUCCAAUCGAUAUCAGACUACCCCGUUGAUAUCUAUUUUCUUGUCGAUCAAAGUUACACUAUGCGUGACGACUUGGAAACAGUGUCUCGACUCACUAAAGAUAUUGCUAACUCAUUUACUGCCGUAACGAAGGAUCUUAGAAUGGGUUUUGGCGCGUUUGUUGACAAACCGGUAUUUCCUUUUAUCGUGCCCACUCCCGAGGCCCAAGCCAAUCCAUGUCUGUAUGGUGUUGGGAACCAGGACCUUCAGUGUGAUCCUCCUUUCCUCUAUAAGCACAUCCUUUCUCUUACCGAUGAUUUUGCCAAAUUUGAAGAAAAGACCAUUCUUUCAAGACCGUCGGGAAACCUUGACAGCCCUGAGGGUGGAUUAGACGCCCUUCUCCAAGUUGCCCGUUGCCCUGAGCACAUCGGAUGGCGCAAAAAUGCUCGCAAAAUUGUACUUUUCGCCACGGAUGGGGGCUUUCAUCUAGCUGGGGAUGGGCGCCUUGCUGGAUUAAUCAAACCUCCGCCCAAAACGUGCCAACUCACUUACGAACCUGAUAGAUUUAACAAAUCACUCGAAUACCUUGGUUGGCAUAAUUCUGUUGAGACAGAUUAUCCUAGUGUCGGCGAGGUUGCUGAAGUCCUGACAGAGACCGAUAUCAGUGUCAUCUUCGCGAUCGAUACUAAGGUCUUUCCACUUUAUGAAAAAUUGGCCGCUUUUCUCCCCUCCGCGGCUGUAGGAACUCUCACCAACAGCUCAACCAACAUUGUAAAUUUGCUGCGGGAAAACUAUGAUAAGAUUGCUAAUCGCGCCGAGCUUCUACUCUCCUACGACACUGAUUCACUAGAGGUUGAAAUUCUUGCCAAGUGUCAGGGCGAGACUGAAUUCACGAAAAAGAUGGUCUGCAAGGAACACCCAGUCGGUGGCAAGAUUGAGUAUCGUGUCUCCGUAAAGCCUACCCGCUGUUUUCCCGGCACGAAAGAAGUUGUACUUAAAAUGAUCGCUUUGGAAGAGCAGGCUGUUCUUGAAGUGACUUCGGCUUGUGAAUGUCCCAGUUGUGGACAGCCAUCUCCCUACAGUCCUCCAUCUCCGCGCUGUCAAGGUCACGGUCGUUUAGAAUGCGGUGCAUGUGUUUGCGAUCCUCAAUACUCCGGGGAAUUCUGCGAAUGUUCAGCAGAAAUCUCACAGCAGGAAGAGGUGAUGCUGCAACAGUGCACAAAGCCGGGAGACACUGUGCCGUGUUCGGACCGCGGUCGAUGUGUGUGUGGCCGCUGUAAAUGCAAUUUGGCACGGUACAUGGGUCUCUACUGCGAGUGCGACCGCCACGGCUGCAAACGGGCUUUUGACGACAAUCAGGUCUGCGGCGGUCCACAACGCGGUGAGUGCCAGUGCGACGGGACCUGCAAAUGCAAGCCCGGCUACACGGGAGAGCGUUGCGACUGUAUGGACAGCAACGCGAACUGCUACGACCCUAGUAAACCCGAUGGCCCACCCUGUUCCGGAAUGGGUGUCUGCGACUGCGGUCAGUGCUUCUGUAACUCUGGCCGUACCGGUCAGCUUUGCAACGAGGUUCAAGGUGGCGAAUCCGCUCUCUGCACGGACCGAAACGUUGAACAAUGCGUCCUCUGUCUACGCCGUGAAAUGCUCGGAACUGAUGAGGAGAAAAUCGUGGAGGAAGCAGAAAAACGCAAAUCCCCUUACGAACCAGUCACCGUCUCCCACGCAGCUGUGACUGCUUGUCAACCUCUUUGCAACACUACUGUGAUCGACACCGCCUCGGUACAGAUAAUCGACGAGGUGGGAGAUGAUGGCAAAGAAGAAGAAAGUGGAAGCGCUGGAUCGAACUUGUGCAUCAUCUACACCGAGGACUCCUGUCGCGUCAUGUUCAAGUAUCGCUAUUCCGACGCUGUCUACAUCAACCGAAAGGUUGACCUAAAAAUCGUCCGUAAGAGUGAAUGCACUAAAACUACUGGCAUUCUCUACAUAAUUCUGGGCGUAAUCGCAGGCAUCGUGCUCGGCGGUCUAAUUCUGCUCCUCAUCUACAAACUAGUCAUUACAAUUGACGAUCGCCGAGAACUAGCCAAGUUCAAGAUGCACAAUGAAAAUGUUCAUUGGGAAAUGGCUGAAAACCCAAUUUUCGAACCCCCAACCACGAAGGUCAUGAAUCCAACCUUCAAUGACGACGCAGCAGCUUUUGACUAG